UGCUGUUGUCUGGUUCGGUCCAGCUCCCAGACGCGUCCGCGUUCACUACAUUCUUAUUCUGCAUAUUCAAAAGGAACAAGGAACAAAACUCGCGUACUGUACAUAUUACAACUGUAGUGCAACAAGGGGCAUUUCAGCGGUACCGGGUAUUUUCCAAAUGAACACAAAGCGACAGAGAGCUGUAGCUGCCAGACGCCAAAGUGUUGCGUAUUUAGGACAAUAGUGGACUACCACCGACUUCUCUGGUUUCUGCUUUUGGUUUCUUUCAGUCAAAAUUCGAUUGUGUGAACAAGAUGAAGAUGUCUCCCCCAGACCGAAGGAAAUACGUGCGUGAUCUGGCGCUGGAGAUUGCCAUAAGAGUGCUGCUCUUCGGAGUUUUUGUGUUCACAGAGUUCCUGGAGCCGUUUGAAAGGGUUAUCCAACCUGAGGAACUAUGGCUCUACAAGAACCCUCUGGUGGAAUCAGACCACAUCCCAAAGAGAGUCAUGUUUGCAAUUUCAUUCCUCACCCCGCUGGCUGUGAUUUUUGUGGUGAAGAUUAUACAGAGGACAGACAAGACAGAAAUUAAAGAGGCUUGUUUAGCGGUAUCACUCGCACUAGCUUUGAAUGGUGUCUUCACAAAUACUAUCAAGUUGAUAGUUGGCAGGCCAAGGCCAGACUACUUCCACCGCUGUUUCCCUGACGGACAGAUGAAUGCAAAGAUGCUGUGUACUGGAGAGCCAGACCUGGUGUCUGAGGGCCGGAAAAGUUUUCCCAGCAGCCAUUCCUCCUUUGCUUUCUCUGGUCUGGGCUUUACUUCAUUCUACUUGGCAGGCAAGUUGCAGUGCUUCACAGCUGCUGGACGCGGGCGCAGCUGGCGUCUCUGUGCCAUGAUCCUGCCCCUCUACAGUGCAAUGAUGAUUGCCCUGUCCCGCACCUGCGACUACAAGCAUCACUGGCAAGAUGCUUUUGUUGGGGGAUUGAUUGGCCUCUUCUUUGCCUACAUCUGUUAUCGGCAGCACUACCCACCCAUCCUGGAUGUAGACUGCCACCUGCCAUAUGCUAGUCUGGCUGGAGCAACUGCCCACAACAUGCCAACCUCCCAGGAUCAACCUCUGCCAAUGGAUAAUGCCACGAGCCUGCCUCUGGAGGGCAUGACUGAGGGACCAGUAUGACUAAUAGAGACCCACCAAGGCUCACACCCCUCUGACCCCCUACCACACCAAUGUGGUAUGAACCACACUUGACUGACACUUCAACAUUCCAAUGAAUUAGACAGAUACAUUUUCUUUCAUUUUUUUUUCU